AUGGUAGCUGAAAAUGAUAAAUGCCUCAAAGUAUUGUUCGCAUGUUUGUUUACUCCUGGUCAUUUGAAUUCAUGUCUGGGUAUCGGUUCGUUACUUAAGCAAAGAGGCCAUCAAGUUUAUUUUGCUCAUUCUCUUAAACAUCGGUCAAAUAUUGAAAACCAUGGAUUCGAGUUUAUCUCAUUGGAGGACUAUGCUGAACCCGAAUUUCCCAUAAUGGAUUCAAUGCCUACAAUUGAAGAUAAUAUGAGACUUUUAUUUGAAAAAUCGCUGGAAUUGACACCAUUGGAGCAAUUGAAAGAUAAGAAACAUCCUUUCAUUGAAAUGAUUCAAGGAGCAAAAGGUGAAAAUUAUGCUCUGAUGAAGAUUGUAAAGGAGUAUAAUCCUGAUGUUUGUUUGGCUGAUUACCUCUUUAAUAUGCCUUGGAUGUUUUCUGUUGAUUGUCCAACUAUUCCUAUCAAGUCAGUCAAUCCAAUUCAACUAUAUAAUGGUCCACCUCUUCGUUCAGGAUUUUCAGUUCAUGACCCACCAACUGUUUGGGAAGAGUUUAGGCGAUUGGCCAGUAAAUCUGAAUCAGAAAUGGAAAGUGAAGUUGAAAAGUUGUUCGCUCAUUUCAAUAUUGAUCCUAAGCCGCAAAACUAUGCUAAAAAGUUGGGGAUCUACAUUUAUCCUGGCCCAUUGGAUUAUCAUGAAUUUGGUCUACCAAAAGAAAACUGGGUUCGUCUUGACUCAUCCAUUCGCUCACCAGAAACAUUGAAUUUCGAAAUACCAGAGAAACUCAAAGAUAAACCAGGAAAGCUUAUCUAUGUCUCAAUGGGAACACUGGCUUCUGCUUUGCCUGAAUUACUAACCAUGAUAUUAAACCCAUUGGCCAACUCACCUCAUCGUUUUAUCGUUUCAACUGGCAUUAAUGGUGAUUCGAUUAAGCUUCAUGAUAACAUGUGGGGAGACAAGUUUGUCAACCAAGUUGCUCUUUUACCCAAAGUCGAUUUAUUCAUAACUCAUGGAGGAAGCAAUUCGCUGAUAGAAGGUCUAUCUGUUGGUAAACCAUUAAUAGUUAUUCCUCAAUUCGGUGAUCAACUAGAUAAUGCUCAACGAGUAGCUGAUCUUGGUUUGGGUGUGAGGUUAAACUUGCAUGAAUUUAGUGGUGAGAAGUUACUAAAAGCCAUUGAAGAUGUGCUCAAUGAUGCAAAGAUUCAUUCAAAUGUUGCUCGAGUAAGUGAAGAGCUGAAAAAAUCUGAUUCAAGAGAUAAAGUUAUCUCGCUCAUUGAACAACUUGCUCGAAACAAGACUCUGUGUUAA